GCUGUGCCUGCGAAAGGCGGCGGCUGCAGCUGCGAGCGAAGGCCGAGACGGAGCAUGGCGGCGCCCUCUGCCCCGUGAGAGUGCGGUGACUGCUGGGCGCGCCAUGCGCCGGCGGCCCUGACAUGGGCGCCAGCGGCUCCAAAGCUCGGGGCCUGUGGCCCUUCGCUUCGGCCACGGGGGGCGGCGGGUCGGAGGCGGCGGUCACCGAGCAAGCCUUGGUACGGCCGCGAGGUCGAGUCGUGCCUCAGUUCGUAUUCACGCGCCGCGGCUCCAUGUUCUAUGACGAGGACGGAGAUCUGGCUCACGAGUUCUAUGAGGAGACAAUCGUCACCAAGAAUGGGCAGAAGCGGGCCAAGCUGAGGCGGGUGCAUAAGAACUUGAUUCCUCAGGGUAUCGUGAAGUUGGACCACCCCCGCAUCCACGUGGAUUUCCCUGUGAUUCUCUAUGAGCUAUGAGCCUGGGGGAUGGCAGGCAUAACUCCCCCGCCCCGACAAGAGACCCCCAGGAACCUAGGCUGGGGCCACAAUCCUGAACAAACUCCACGGCCUGAAACCUUCAGCUCUGAGCAGGACAGGCCUGCAGGAUAGGUUGGGUGUUGGUUUGUGCGUGGACAGAGCGGUGACUGGUGGCAGGCCAGGGCUAACGAUGGAGUUACCAGCCCACCUUCCCCAGCAGUCCCCAUAAGGAGCUUGGCAGGGCAUACGCUGGUCAGGAGUGGCUGGUUGCUGUGCCAUUGCCUGGCCUGCUUUCUUCCAGACUUGCCUGGGGCCCAGCCCUGCUAGGGCUACAGCACUUUACAUGCAAGGUCUGCCUUCUUCCAGCCCCUGGGCUGUGGGAGCUUCCUCUCCCCUGCUUUCCUUAACCCUGUCAGAACGUUUCAGCCGUUUGCUACCUCGAUUCUGCCUGUGUAGGACAGAGGUUGGGGGCAGUGCAAGCCUGAUUCUUCCUGCCUACCUGCUCAUCUGUUCCCACCCCUGAGAUGGAUAGAUAGUUUGCUGGCUGUUAAUAGGAGUGGGCACAGGUACAGAAGACUUCUCCCUCCACCGCCUGCUGGGCAGUUUCUGCCCCACUGCAGCUUGUGCUCUCGCACCCCCACCCAGGUGAGAGGGACUAGGAUGGCGUCGGGAAGGGCUGUGGAUGCUGUGUGAAGGCAGUCCCCCCACCCACCUCCUCUUAAUCCCUCUGCACUGGCUCCCUCCAUCCUGUUGGGACCAGAUGAUCUACUUCCCCGUGGUAAGGGACUGGUGCCGGUAAUUCUGAGGAGCUCCCCACCUCUCCCCCCUACACUAGCCUCACCCUUUAAGGAUCAGUUAAGGGAAGGUACUGGAGCCCCUGGGUAGGGACACGAAGAGAAAAACCUUAAAAGGAACACUUAAAAUGUGAAAGUUUGUAAAUAGUCUAGGCCGUGAUGUGGGGGCAGAGUCUGACUUUUCUUUCAAUUCCUUAUUGUGUAAGCUCCGUGCUUCAAGAAUGGGAAAUGGCUCGGGGAGGAUAGCCCCCCAACAUAGGAAGGCUGUUACGUUAUUUGUUCAAUUUCAAUAAAAUUCUUUGUAGACCCUGCAUACAA